AUGCUCGGUCGAAUUUUUUUCGUUACAUCAUGUGCCUCGGUGUUUGCGGGGACAGCGUACUUUGUCGGCGUCGCCCUCAGCCCCCCGCCCUCCUACACAGUGAACAACCGGCAGCGGCUUGAGCGCUACGAUGCGCUGUCGCACGAAAAUGCCUAUGAAAAGCAGACGCGUGGACAGGAGUUUUAUCUUGGCAUCAGCCGCUGGCGGCGGCGCAUGCUGCGGGAUGAGGGCCUGGUGCGGGGCCGCGUCCUGGAAGUUGGCGCGGGUUGUGGAGGCAACGCGAGUUACUACGAGCCCCUGCUGCGCCCCGCGGCGGCAGGUGAGGGAAGAGGUGGGCAGCAGCCGAGCCACGCGCCGGUGGUGGAGAUCGUGAUGAGUGACCGCUCGCCAGGCAUGGUGGAGGCGACGACCAAGCAGAUCCAGCAGCGCUGCGGCUACGCUCCCUACCGCUACCCCGACUACGACGUGGCUGGCAUCCUUGACGCGGUGAAGAAAAGUGAGGCCGCCGGAGCCGGGGGCGACGGUGGAUCCUCCGCGGAAAAUAAAAGUGAGGGGCAGCGGCACACCCCUGGCGGGGGUGUGAUCAGGCGCAAGAUUUUUCACGGCGAUGGGACCGUGGUGGAGGUCCUCGCCACCCCGCUGCACGACAGCGGGGACGCCUUUGCGGAUGCUGCAGUGGCGCCUAUUCUGCAGGCCGCGCUCCCUGGGAACAUGCUCCCCCUGUUGGAUCGGGACGGUCAGGCAGAGCUGCGGCGGCGCGAGGCCGAGAAAAGAACGCAGGCGCAUGCAGUGGAUGGAGCCGCGACGAAUGAGCCCAUCUUCGCUGUGGCAAACUACGCGGCGGAGCAAAUGCCUUUUCCAGACAACAGUUUUGACACAGUGGUGGACAUGUUUGGUCUCUGCAGCUUCGACGACCCGGUGCGCGCGCUUCGUGAGAUGUCGCGGGUGUGUAAACCAAGUGGGAACCUUCUUUUGCUUGAACACGGCAAGGGGCGCUGGGCGCGCAUUAACGACCACCUCGACAAGUGGGCUCCUCGACACGCGAAAAAGUGGGGGUGCUGGUGGAAUCGUGAUAUUAGACGGUAUCUUCGUCUCGCAGGGCUCACGGUCGUGAAGGAGGAGGAGAAGCACUUUGGCACCUCGCUGUACAUCGUGGCCAAGCCGUUCAAGUCGAUGGAUGAAUGGGACGCCUACAACAGCAAAGCCGUGCAGGGCUGA